AUGCCCACAUCAGCAUGUUCAGAGAUCGGCAAAGCAGGGCGCGCCGGCGAUGAGGGUGUUGCAGAGAUGGCACCGGCAAAUUUUGUGAAGGUGUCGGCGCUGACGCCCGAUUCCUUGAAUGUGGAUCUUGUGGUGAAGGUACUGAGCUGUGACGCUCAGUUGCAUUGCUUAUCCAGCGGCACCCAGUUUGCCUGCGUGACUGUGGGCGACGAAACUGGCUUUGUUUUGCUGAGGCUUGACUCCCAACAGGCUCGCCUUUGCGACCCUGGGACGACACUGGUGCUCCGAGCCGCACGCGCUGAGCUCUUCCACGGCCAGUUGCGCCUGGAACUGGGCAGGUGGAGCAGAAUAGCGCGCGUGUCCAAUGCGGCGUUUACUCCCAGUGACAACGAUGUGUCUGCAGUGAAGUAUGGCCUGUAA